AUGAAGGCCUCCUGGAUACGACUGCUGAAACGAGCAACAGGAGACCGAGUCAAGAACAACAUUGGUGGUUCAGCGGACUCAUACACUAGUCGGCCGUCUGACUCGGAUGUGUCUCUGGAGGAAGAUAAAGAGACCUUACGCAGAGAAGCUGAGAGACAGGCACAGGCUCAGCUCGAAAAGGCUAAGUCUAAACCAGUGGCGUUUGCAGUACGUACUAAUGUUGGCUACAGUGCUUCUUUCGAAGACGACGUCCCUGUGCCUGGGAUGGGAAUCUCAUUUGAGUCUAAAGAUUUCCUUCAUGUUAAAGAAAAAUUUAAUAAUGACUGGUGGAUUGGUCGCUUGGUGAAAGAAGGGUGUGAAAUCGGCUUCAUCCCAAGUCCAGUGAAGCUUGAAAGCAUUCGCACCCACCAGGACCAACGUGCAAAACAAGGAAAAUUUUACUCAAGUAAAUUAGGGGCAAACUCUUUAUCUAGUUUAGGAGACGUGGUUUCAAACUCACGUAAAUCAACCCCUCCAUCCUCAGCUGUGGACAUAGACGCUGCAGGGUUAGAUCCAGAGGAGAGUGACCCUCCUCUCCAUCAGCGUUCACCCAAAGCCAGCCCAAACACAGUAAUAUCCCCUUUAGCCCGUGAGAAACGAAUGCCUUUCUUUAAGAAGACAGAGCAUGUUCCUCCGUAUGACGUGGUGCCGUCUAUGAGACCGGUGGUGCUGGUGGGACCGUCGCUCAAGGGCUACGAGGUAACAGAUAUGAUGCAGAAAGCGCUGUUUGACUUUCUGAAGCACCGUUUUGAGGGGAGGAUCUCGAUCACGAGGGUGGCUGCUGAUAUUUCUCUGGCCAAGCGCUCUGUGCUCAACAACCCCAGUAAACAUGCCAUCAUCGAGCGCUCGAACACACGCUCCAACUUAGCGGAGGUUCAGAGUGAGAUCGAGAGGAUCUUUGAACUGGCUCGCACGCUGCAGCUGGUGGUUCUUGACGCCGACACGAUAAACCACCCGACCCAACUGGGAAAAACGUCUCUUGCACCUAUUAUUGUCUACAUCAAGAUCACCUCUCCAACGGUUUUGCAGCGAUUAAUAAAGUCUAGAGGAAAGUCUCAGGCUAAACAUCUCAAUGUGCAGAUGGUGGCAGCAGACAAACUUGCCCAGUGCCCUUCAGAGAUUUUCGACAUCAUUCUUGAUGAGAAUCAGCUGGAAGACGCCUGUGAGCACAUGGCUGAUUAUCUGGAGGCUUACUGGAAAUCCACGCAUCCUCCCAGCAUCCCUCAGACAAACCCUCUGCUGGAGAAACUCACCGCAAUGGCUGCAGCCGCAGUCGCCUGCAAGGACUCACUGACUAAUCCACAAACAAAGGGCAGAGCGGGUGAGCAGACAUCAGAGAGACCAACGGAUGACAAGACGGGCUUUUCUGAAGACUACCAUCAUCAUCAUCAUCAUCAUCACUACCAAACUCAGAAGCAAGGGCGCUUGGAAGACGACAACACUGAGGAGCGAGACGGUAAAGCUAACAACGACCAAAGUGAAUGGAGAAGCGGUCACAGACACCACAGCCAUCAUCAUCAUCACCACCAACAUCACAGUCGCACCACGCGGACGCUUUCCAAACAAGAGACGUCAGAGUCCAUGUAUCCCGAGCCUCUCGUCGGACAAACCCAGGAAGAGGAACAGCCAAACCAUCACCAUCAUCAUCAUCAUCAUCACCUCCGGGGCGACAGAGAGAAGGAAUACGACCACAACGAGAGGAACAACCGGCAAAGAGGAAAGCAGAGGUCGCUACGAGAGCCUCAUCAUGAGCGGGACAGGAAACGAGGAGAGGAGGAAUGGGCGAGAGAGCAUUACAUAGAGCAGUGACACACGUGCCACAUACACACCGACCUCAAUCUUAUGUGUAAUGUAUACGACACGUGUAUCCAUACAUGACUUUUCCAAGUGUGGACGAAUUAAAUAAAGACAAUUAUGUAUAAUUUAAUAUGGCAUGAAUGAUGAAAUUCGCUUUAAUUCUCUUUAUUUAUUUUUAAUUCCUUUCUUUUUACUUGAUUUGCUUUCCUGGUCUUAUUGAACAAAUGAUAGAUGCAUGUUAACCC